AUGGGCAAGCAGUCUUGGAAUGGCUUCUUGCAAGAUGUCACGGUGCCUAUUCUCGAGCAGCUUUUUAGUGCUAUCAUCCGGCGGUUUGGGCCUCAUAUUACCACUUCAGCCGACUUUGUCUUUGAAACUACACAUGCACAGCGUGCGGUCAUUGUUGAGCUUGAAGAGAUUGGCCGCUUGUUUGCUUGCAAAGAUUCCGUGCACACGGUCUUUCGGGAGGCCAUGCCCAAGGCCAUGUAUUGGCUGGGCACCGCCGUGCUGACGAACCACCUGGUGGCGAAUUUGUGGCCAAGUGCGUUGGGGCGUGAUUUGCCGGAUGAGUUUCCCACGACUGUGUCCAACGAGUGUUUCAUUGCGAGUGUCCAAUUCAUGCUGAAGCGGUAUCUUUUUGGCCAGGCAAUCCUCAGCGUCACUUCCAAAGAGCAAACUUGGUUGCACCGUCGGCACGACUUCCGCGACGCGGAGGAUGAUUUACUCCCAUUGCUGCUCCGCAUUUUGCGGGGAGCGCCUGGCUCUGUCAUCACCUUGGAACACAUUUUUUGUGCAGACCUGGCAUUGAAACGAAGUAUCGAGAAAGGCUCCUGCAACGCGGCGGAUCUGGCCCGCCAACGCAUCGCUGAUUUGUGGUUGCAGCUGAAAGACCUUGGGCUUGGGGAGCUGUGCAGCUCCGGUGGUACUGCGCGAUUCCGCAAAUAUCAUGUCGGGUCACUGUCUCCUGGUUGUUUGGAUUGGUUGCGGAAACACCGGGUGCCACUUUCCCAUUUCGGAAAACGUUCACAUGUUGAUCAUGCAGCUUUUCUAGGCACCUGCCGUGGAGGGUGCGUGGACGUUGAUUCGGGUGUGUGUGGAAGCAAAGACACAGCAGUGGACUCCGGGGAGCAAGAGCUUCAACCUUUGCAAAGUGCAGUGCCUCGUGUUGCAAAGCCGUCUCCACAAGUUGCGCGUGGCGGUGCAAGUGCCCACCCAAAUCAACCAGCCAAACCAAGGAAGAAGAAGCAAGCCAUCCAGUGGCGCGACAUUUCUCGGGUGGAGCUUGGGUCUCCUUUGAUGUCCAACCAGCAGCUUUUGCAGCACCUGCGCCGCAGACCUGAAUGGGCUGACACCAGAGUGGCCGUGCGGACUUUGUGGCAAAACAAAGAACGCAUUUUGAGUGAGGUUCGCUGCGUAGAAAGCGAACUGUGCACCCAUUGCUGGCGAACCCACUACAUUCUCAGCAAGAGUUUGUACAGCCCUGGAACUUUGGUCGUUCAGGCAUCUGGUGAACACACCGGGCAUGACGGUGCUGUACCUUGUGCGUCAGGGAAAAUCUUCAACGAAAAGCAGCGCGAAAUUGCUGCCCGCUUCCUCUCCGGAGGUGGCCGUGGGGCCAAAAAUUUGCGCGUGGCCCUUCUAGCUGCAGGCUGUGCCGAUGCAUCAUUGCCUGACAACACCCAGCUUGCCAAUUGGUUGAGAAACAACAGCCGCAAAAACAAGGAUGCCCUCGACAAAGACAAGUCUGUUGUGGCAGCGGUCUACCAUCCUCGUGUCCACCUGGGCCGGCGGGCGACCGACAAGGAGGAGGAGAAGAAGUC